AUGCGUAUUCCCGUAGACCCGAGCACCAGCAGGCGCUUCACUCCCCCGUCCACGGCGUUCCCCUGCGGUAAGAUGGGCGAGAACAGCGGGGCGCUGGGGGCCCCCGCGCCGGGCGCCCGAGCUCGGCCCGAGGUUCGCUCCGUCGUGGAUGUCCUGGCCGACCACGCCGGCGAGCUGGUGCGCACCGACAGCCCCAACUUCUUGUGCUCGGUGCUGCCGUCACACUGGAGGUGCAACAAGACGCUGCCCGUCGCCUUCAAGGUCGUGGCGCUCGGAGAUGUCCCCGAUGGGACCGUGGUCACGGUGAUGGCGGGGAACGACGAGAAUUACUCGGCGGAGCUGCGCAACGCCUCUGCCGUGAUGAAAAACCAAGUAGCGAGAUUUAACGACCUCAGAUUUGUUGGGAGAAGCGGCAGGGGGAAAAGCUUCACCCUGACCAUCACCGUGUUCACCAACCCCACCCAAGUGGCCACCUACCACCGAGCCAUCAAAGUGACCGUGGACGGGCCCCGGGAGCCCCGGAGGCACAGACAAAAGCUGGAAGACCAAGCCAAGCCCUUCCCCGACCGCUAUGGAGAGCUGGAACGGCUGCGCCAGUCCAUGAGAGUCACCCCGACAACUCCCAACCCCCGUGGAUCCCUCAGCACCCCGAGCCACUUCGGCUCCCAGGCUCAAACUCCAAUCCAAGGCACGUCGGAGCUGAGCCCCUUCUCGGACCCGCGGCAGUUCGAGCGCUCCUUCCCGGCGCUGCCGGCGCUGACCGAGACGCGUUUCUCCGACCCGCGGAUGCAUUACCCCGGUGCCAUGUCCGCCGCCUUCCCCUACACCGCCACGCCCUCGGCCACGGGCAUCGGGGGCAUCAGCAUGACCAGCAUGCCCACCACCACCCGCUUCCACCACACCUACCUGCCGCCCCCCUACCCCAGCUCCACGCAGAACCAGAGCGGCCCUUUCCAGGCUAACCCCUCUCCCUACCACUUGUACUACGGGACGUCCUCGGGCUCCUACCAGUUCUCCAUGGUGGCCGGGGGCGAGCGCUCGCCCACCCGCAUGCUGUCGUCGUGCACGAGCGCCUCGGCGGGGAACAACCUGAUGAACGCCGGGCUGGGAGCGCAGAGCGACGGCGUGGACGCGGACGGCAGCCACAGCAAUUCCCCCACGGCCAUGAGCACCACGGGGAGGAUGGAUGAGUCAGUCUGGAGACCCUACUGAGGAGGAGCUCGGCUUGGGCAGCGAUGCCUUUGAGUCCUUUUGGGAGCCGCCAAAGGAAAAGGUAAAGCAAAAAGUCUUCCAAAACGCAAAGGAUCCUCUGCAUGCAAACAUCAAGCGAAGAUGGACCGAGACCUUCGUUGCAUUUCAAGGUGAACGCCCACGAGGCUUGAAUGUGUCGCUUGAUGUGGUUCCUCCCGUGUGUUUUAGGUAUGUGGAUUGUACAUAGGGAAAAAAAAAACCCCAAGGACGUGUGGAAUCAGAUGUUUGGUACUUGCAGAACACUUCUCGUUCAUCUCACUCGCACCUCUUCCCCACACAAAGCAUUCAGAAGUGAGGAGAAUCUCACCUUUCCUCUGCAAAAUGGUUCAGAGAAGAGAAAACACCCAGGAGUCAUCCGAGCCAUGUCUCUGCCAGUGCUGGAGGACUGAACUUAAAAAAAAAAAAAAAAAGGAGAAAAAAAAAUAGAAAAAAACCCCAUUGCCUCCUGUCCUUCCCUCCCCGCUGGUGAAGGGUCCCUGAGCACCAAAGAGCAGUGGGGUGUGCAGCACAGCCAGGGGCACUGGGGCUCGGUCAGCCACGUGAACAAGAGCUGUGAUGUGAUUGUUGUUAUUAUUUGUUGACGGCAGAAGUUGUAUUGUUCAUUUUGCUGUUGCUGUCGUCGUCUGUCAAUCAGUAACGUGGCUGACCCCGGGCCUGGCUGACCCCUCCCCUCCAUGUUUACACACGAGAUGUACUUUUUACAGAGAUGUUUUGUUUUGUUUGUU